AAUCUGUGACUACAAAGCAUCCACAUAAAAACUAUAAAUUCCCGCUCUCCUUUUGUUUUUAACACUGCUUGACUUCAAUAAUAUUUUUUUUAUCUCGUUUUGUAUAUUAAUAGAAGAAAGAUAUAAACCCGUUUUGUAAAAAUUUGUAGGUAUUUAAGCGAUUGUUACCAAUAUUUAUUUGUAAUAUUCGGCAAAAUGUGGUCAAGAUCGUUGGUCAGUUUUGGUAUUGUAACACUUGUUCUGCACUUACAUUGUGUACAAGGACUCAAAGAUGACUGCGAUAAACUGGGCAUCCUCCUCUACGAAGACGUAGGUUGCACCCCAGUCCUGGCACCAGGUAAAAGUUGUCCAAUCAAAUACGAAUGCGACUUGGCAAUCAGGAACAAUACCUGUUUGUUUAGAGGUACAGAAAUUAGCACUACAACUCGCCCAACAGACGUCGAUUUCGGUAGCUGCAACGUCGGAUGCUUCUGCAAUAAAGAUCUUCCCUACGAUCCCGCUGAGAUUGAUAAAAUGUUCAAUAAUCAACCAUAUAAUAUACCGGGAAAAUUCACAUGCGCCAUUUUAGAUUGUCCAGAAUGGUUGGGAGCAUUUCCCCUUCAAAAAGAUUGUUACAGAAAAUACAAGUUGGACCAAUGUUGCGCUGAUGGACAAAUGUGCCCUCAAGACAAGCCUGGCAAUUGCGAAGUUGACGGAAAGACAGUGUUAGAAGGUCAGCGGUUCUACCCAAAAGACACGUGUACCCAUUGUGUUUGUCCUAAAAACUUUAACGGAAAGUUAGAGGCUCCUCACUGCAGGAGGCAAUUUUGUAAUGUCCAAGUGAGGAAACAAAGAGAAGUUUCCAGCUAUUGUGCACCUUACUAUUCAGAAUUCGAAGGAGAGACUCUUUGUUGUCCUAGCAGUUGGAUUUGCCCCUCUGAUGAGCAAAAAAUUAUUACUGUGAAUCCCAAAGCAGAAAAGUCUGCAGAUUUGACAUGCCAAUACGGAAAGAAAAAAGUACAAUUGGGAGAAGGUUUUGAAACUACAGUAAAAGGAUAUGACAAUGUUGAAAGAGCAGCUAAAUGUGAAUGCGUUAUUCCGCCAUUUUUAACUUGCAGACAAGUAAAAAAAUAAUCUUUCAAGUAUUGUUGGUUAAGAUUUCUAAUGUUUUAAUAAAUAUCAUUACUAUUCUACGUC